AUGAGCACUGCUGGAAAAGUUAUUAAAUGCAAAGCAGCCGUGUUAUGGGGACCAAAUAAGCCUUUUUCCAUUGAGGAAAUAGAAGUUGCCCCGCCAAAGGCUAAAGAAGUUCGUAUUAAGAUUUUGGCCACAGGAAUCUGUCGCACAGAUGACCAUGUGAUUAAAGGACUGAUGGUGUCCAAGUUUCCAGUGAUCGUGGGACAUGAAGCAGCUGGGAUUGUGGAGAGCAUUGGAGAAGGAGUCACUUCAGUGAAACCAGGUGACAAAGUCAUUCCCCUCUUUCUGGCUCAGUGUAGAGAAUGCGAUAUUUGCCUCAACCCAGAAGGAAACCUUUGUGUUAAGAGCGACAUUACCGGCCGUGGAGUACUAGAUGAUGGCACUACCAGAUUUUCAUGCAAGGGCAAACCAGUCUACCACUUCUUUAACACCAGUACAUUUACUGAGUACACAGUGGUAAAUGAAUUCUCCGUGGCUAAGAUUGAUGAUGCAGCUCCUCCUGAGAAAGUCUGUUUAAUUGGAUGUGGGUUUUCCACUGGCUAUGGAGCUGCUAUUAAAAUUGCCAAGGUCACCUCUGGUUCCACUUGUGCUGUCUUUGGCCUGGGAGGAGUUGGUCUUUCAGUCAUCAUGGGCUGUAAGUCUGCUGGUGCAUCCAGGAUCAUUGGAAUUGACCUCAACAAAGACAAAUUUGCAAAGGCAAAGGCUGUAGGAGCCACCGACUGCAUCAGCCCCAAGGACUCUACCAAGCCCAUCUGUGAGGUGCUGUCAGAAAUGACAGGCAAUACUGUGGGUUACAGUUUUGAAGUCAUUGGGCGUCUUGACACAAUGGUUGAUGCCCUCGCAUCCUGCCACAUGAACUACGGGACCAGCGUGGUGGUAGGUGCUCCUCCAUCAGCCAAGAUGCUCACCUACGACCCUAUGCUGCUCUUCACUGGACGCACGUGGAAGGGAUGCGUUUUUGGAGGUUGGAAAAGCAGAGAUGAUGUUCCAAAAAUAGUGAAUGAUUUUCUGGCAAAAAAAUUUGACCUGGACCAGUUGAUAACCCAUAUUUUACCUUUUAAAAAUAUCCAAGAAGGAUUCGAACUGCUCUACUCAGGGAAAAGCAUCCGAACUAUCCUGACAUUCUAA